CCAUCAGGCAGUUCCUGGCCUUGUGCCCCUGGGUGCUAUAUGGACUUGUUUGCUAAUCCAUUCCGGACCAAUAAAUAAAAGGAGGGAGAGACACCAGUGCAGGCGGCUUUGGAGCAGAAGGCAGGGGAAGGUGUGAAAACAAUACAGUAACAAAUCAGGAUAGAGAUGAAAGUAUUGCAAAGAUGGAAGAGCAGGGGAGGGUGGGGAGAUGAUAGAGAGAGGAGCGGUACAGCCUGGGAGAGCUGAGUGCCUGUGAGAGUGAGAAGGAAGCAGUGCUGCAGAGGUGACUUGUGCACAACCUGCCUGGGCUGAGCUUCUGUCUGCGCCUGCUGGGGACUGGGCUCUUCGCUUCUGCAGCCGAGGAUAUGAGAGGAAGACAUUGCACCCAGACCUGAGGAUGCUUGUGACUGACAGAGGGAGCAGAGAGGAGAGUGGGGGCAGGAGGAGCAGCAGCAGCACAGCAUAAACACACUUCCCUGCCAGACACAGCAAGGAUAUUCAUAGACAGGACACCAUGCAGAAGUAGAGCAAAGGCUUACUGACACAACCACAGAUGCUUGCUAUCCAUACACUGUGUCUCUCUCCAUAGCAUGGCUGGAUCCCUGCACACACCUGGCAUGUAAAUAUACCAUGCAUACACUGCAAUCAGCAUACAGUACAUGUACAGUGCAUUAACAGAGAGAGCAGUCGGUGGGCUCCGCACAUGUACUCAUACAUACCAUCACACCGCGGCUUCCAUAUAUGUAUAGAUUGAUAGUAGCCCACAUUGGCUUGUCUAUAGGUAUAUAUACAUUCCAGCACACAGUGGGCAGAGAUCCAUGCUAGCACAGAAACCCGGCACUGAAUUACACACACUUGGCUGUUAACGCUGUGGAAGUAGAGCGAGCACCUUUGCCACUAAAUAUAAUCACAAGGGGGGGUUAUACAUUAAACAUUAUCCCAUAUACACAUCUGCAUUGCUACCUGCAAAACUGACUCUUAAAUGACAAAGACACCUAUGUCCCAUCUACUCUCCCAUUGCAGAGAGCACAGCACACACAGCACACAGGGUUACAUGUAUCAAACCCCAAAUUUGCAGUGACAUAGGCGGAACAAAAGAAGACCCUUCAAAUUACAGCUCGUCCUCUGUCAACUAUUUCCUUGUACAUCUCGAACCCCUGCCCAGUCUUGUGCUACAGGAGGUGAAACCCAUAGUCAUCAUGGGUGAAGCUCAGGACUCCUCCUUCCUUCUUGUAAAGAUUUUGGAAGAUUUAGACUCUAAGCAAAACUCUGUCUCCUACCAAGACCUCUGCAAAUCUUUGUGUGCUCGCUAUGACUUACCGGAACUGGCCAAGUUGCGCAGCCUUCUGUACUACACAGCAUGCCAAGAUCCUAGCUUUCCAGCAAGUCUCUUUCGAGACAAGAUGCGAAAUGCUGCAGAAAAUCAGCAGUCCAAGAAAAUAAUCGCAGCUGCCGAUAUAGUUACUAUUUUUAAUCUGAUACAGAUGAAUGAAGGAGUUGCCAAAGACAAACUUCCUAUUCAACAGCAGUCGAAUCAAAAAGAAACAAUGGAGUCAGACACUGAUGGUUACAGUGGAACGGACAUAGCCCCUCACAAGGAAACUCAGAAUACCAGUCGGAGUUAUUCCAUAACUAGGACCUCCAGUUGCCAUAAAGAAGAGAGAGAAGGGUGCCACACAUUCCUCCCAGAACCAAAUUUCCUGCUUGGUGUUAAAAAAGAUGGAAAUGUUAGAGCUGGAUCCUUGGACAGACUGCAGACCUUAGACUCUUAUCCCAUGGUUACUCCCCAAUCCUGUGAAAUGCAAAGUACCUACUUCCCUAGCCAGCCACUUUCUGAGCCAGAAUCCCUGCCGCCCACACCAAACGAGGAACCAUUUAGGCUCUCAUCUUCUAGUGGACAAAGGAGAAAUAUUUUUAAGGAUGAUUUCCAUAACACGAGAAUAUCUCCUACCCUAAAAAAGAAUGAAGGUAAAAUAAGCCCCAAGACUGUGUUCUUUAACCACAGUUUUGAGAUGCCAUACAGUUCCCACUAUCUGAACACAGUUUAUUCUUCCACAGAGGAUUUUCGUAGGGUGAAGCAUGAGAGUUUAGAUGAUCUUCAGGCCUCAACUUACUUUGGACCCUCUCCUGGGCCUGGAUCACAAGACCUAAAAAGAAUGUCAAACAAGCCAAAACAAGUCACAUCAAAGCCAGUCAAGAGCUGGAGUCUAAACAAUGAAGAAGUGCCAGACUUUGAGCGUUCCUUUUUUAACCGAAAAGAGACAAAUUUCUGUUACCCUAGCACUGCCUUGGUACAGAGCAGUAGCUUUGUAUCAGUUCCAGAGCGACAUCAUUCUUUCUUACCUGAGUUGGGAUUAAAGGCAAAUGGGAAAAAAUUUUGUGAGCCUCAAGAUGUGGAAAAACAGGAGUCAAUAAGAAGAUUUAGAGAAAAGAAUACAAAACUUCCUGCUUGCCAGUUUAGCAUAGAUAAAACAGAAAGUGUAGGAACCCAGACAGAACAGUCUGACUCCAAAAAGGCAAAGGAGAAUGUUCCAGCUAAUUGUGGCCGGUAUACAGAAACAAGGGCUCGUAACCAAUCCGAGGCAGAUUCUGAAAUCAUUAGUGACGAUAUUAGUGAUAUAUUCCGUUUCCUAGAUGAUAUGAGUAUUUGUGGUUCUUCUGGAAUCCCUCAGUCUUCCUGCUACAACAGUAGUGGAUCCUUGGUUCAAGUUCCCAGAUUAGAACCUGAGAGCUCUCCUGAACAUGGUCCUAACAGAACCAAUAAACCAACCAAGGGCCCUCGCGCGGAGACGGUGGAGGAAGAGGAGCUUAAGAGCAGUGUCAGGAAACUUGUUAGAAGGAUUGGGGAGAUUGAGAAAAAAUUGGAGUCACUUUCUGGUGUGCGUGAUGAAGUAUCUCAGGUGCUGGCCAAACUCAAUAAACUGGAUGAAAGAAUACAGCCCCCACCAGAUAAAAUGAAAGGGGAGGCCGAGAGUCUGUCUCACAACAGCGAUGUGAUAAAUAGCACCAGAGCCUCCCCCAGUUCAUUUCAUGAUCAAAAUAUCCACAAUGGAAAUGGGGAGAGCAAACCUGAGUGCUGUUGCUCUGAUAUCAAUAAUACCAGUGAAAGCCUUCGAGUUAAAGCUCUGAAAAAGAAUCUCUAUAAUCAGAGAACGGUACGGUCCUUAAGUGAGGAAAUUUCUUCAAGCGAACCUAAGAUAGGAAGUGCGUCGCAUGACUGCAGGUCUUGGGCAUUCCCUAAACAAACCAGCAUCUCUGAGGAGGACAAAAAGGACAAAGGGGCUCAGAACAGCAGAGACUGGCACCGCAAGUCCAAAGAGGUGGAUCGCCAGCAUGAAAUACCUCAUCUCCAUCGGAUGCCCAAAUCACAUAAGGAGUCAUUUAUGGUGGAACAGGUGUUCAGCCCCCAUCCAUACCCGGCAUCACUCAAAUCACACAUGAAAAGUAACCCUAUCUAUACAGAUAUGCGUCUGACAGAAAUGGCAGAGGUAAAGCGUACCCAGCCAUCAUGGACUAUAGAGGAAUACGCACACAACUCAGGCGAGAAAGGGAGACUGACAGCACUCGAUCUGCAGGCGCAAGAGUCUCUGAAUCCUAAUAAUCUUGAGUUCUGGAUGGAAGAUAUUUACACCCCAGGAUACGACUCUCUUAUAAAGAGGAAGGAGGCUGAGUUUAGACGAGCUAAAGUCUGUAAGAUGGCUGCUCUUAUCACUGCAGCUGCCUGUACUGUCAUCCUGGUGAUUGUUGUUCCUAUCUGCACCAUGAAGUCCUAAUUUAAAAUGGGCAGAGAUCCCCUCUGCUACCAAUUUGCGUUUCUGUCCAUGGAGCCAGGGACAUGUGAAGAUAAAGCCAUUAUAAGACCAUUAAAUAAGUGAUAAUUCUAAUGCAAUUCUUUAGCACCCACAUAGGACAUACUGUGAACAUAUUGACAGCAUUUGGUAAUGUAUAAUUCGAGUGAGAAACACCAGAAAACAAUAUGUACUCUACCCCUAGAAAACUUUGUGGCCUACUGAAUUUUGUACCCUUUAAAAUGAUACUUACCUUUAAAGACUAAACGUUGAGCUCCUUGCCAGGUUUGAUUGUUCUGCCGAGAAUGAUGAUGUCUACUUUUGGUUCCCCAUGUCCCUCCAUAUUGUAGCUGAAGGAGAGGAGUUCAAGCACUACUGGGAACCUCUUCUUCCAUCUGCUUCAUUCAUAACUGGACUUAUUUAGACUUUAGGUAAAGAAAGUAUUUUUGUUCUAUUGAAAAUAUUAGGGAUUGUCACUGGAACGCAUGCGUGAGGGGAUUAAAUGAAAGCGAACACACAUGUAAGCAUAUUUGUGUUAUCCUAUGAGUUCAACUGUUAUAGGUAGGACCAAAAACAAAAGCAGAGAAGUAAUACUCAGCCAAAGAGAUGAUGCCACAUCUUUCACUAAGCAAUACUACUGUAUAUAACAUGGAUAGGUAGCUUUCAGCUAGCUCAUCUGGCAAGAGUAUGCCCGGCUUUGAAGCUCCACAAUAUCUAAAUGGCUGAAAGUUUCCUAUCCUUGCAAUAUCAUCUCAUAUUCCGUGCCUUUUUUGCAAUAUUUUUUUACAAGAGUUCCUGCUUUUUCAUUACAUAUUUAUUGGUGAAUAAUGUUCUUCAGAAGUUUUGCUAGAAUAAAGGAGUUGGCGGAGCUCUAGAUGAAAUAAAAUCCUAGUGCUUCUGACUCCCAGUAACCUUAAAAAUAUAUAGUUUUUAUUAAUAUAAAUGCAGAGUAUUCAUUCGUCAUUCUAAAAAUGUUUUAAUGAGGAUGAAGCAUAGAGUUUAUUUUUUGUCCCUUUACAGACAUUUUGUACAUUGCCAAGCUCAUAUACCUCACUUUGCACUGGAGAGGCUCUAAUUACAAGGUGCAUAUUGUACAUUUGUAGGGUCAUUGUUAUCGGAACAAGCAGUAUUUUAUGUACCUUAAAACAAAAGUUUAAACUAUUUACUGUAAUUAUGAAACAGCUAUAGAUACUUAUUCUUCUUCUUGCAUAGGGGAAUAUUUCCUGCCACUCACUAACAUCCUUCCAGUCAAGGAAUCCUAGUUCUCUGACAUGAAACAUUUAAGGUAGAAUUGGCAAAAUAUCCAAUACAGCAAAUGUUUGAGAGAUGAUGAUUUCAUGAGAGAUUUAUGGAGCCUCUGGCAAUUCUGUAGGCCAGAAAAAUCUUAUGGAGGGCUACAUCUAUGCUGAAGGUCUUUCAGAUAUGACCCAUCUAAAGGACGGAUUGCUGUUAUUUUACAAAUAAUUCUGUGCCCCUACUAUAUGCAUAACAUUGCCAGAAAAAAAACAGAAAUUAAGACCCUACUAAGGGGCACAUUUACAAAAGCACAAAUGCUCUGAGCCUAUU